AUGAUGUUCUCGUCUGCAGGAAAGCGCUGCUUCACCAUCGAGUCUCUGGUCGCCAAAGAGAACCCUCUAACUCCGGAGGAUCCCAUCCGUCCCACCGCGCUGAGCUACUCCAACCCGGCGACAGAUGCUUUAAUGAACAGUUACCAGGCUCCACAGGCCCGCUCCCUGUACCAGACCCCGGACCUGGUGUUCCCAGACAGCCACCCCUCCCUCACCGUGGCCCCUCACCAGCUCGGAGGAUCACACCUCCAGCAUCCGCACUUCUUCGGGACGCAACACCGAGACCCGCUCAACUUCUACCCCUGGGUGCUACGGAACAGGUUUUUUGGACACAGAUUUCAAGGUAACGAUGUGUCCCAGGACAGCCUGCUCCUCCACGGUCCGUUCGCCAGGAAACCCAAACGCAUCCGGACGGCCUUCUCGCCCUCGCAGCUCCUCCGCCUGGAGAGAGCCUUCGAGAAGAACCACUACGUCGUCGGAGCCGAGCGGAAGCAGCUGGCGAACGGCUUGAGUUUAUCUGAAACACAGGUGAAGGUGUGGUUCCAGAACAGGCGGACCAAGUACAAGCGCCAGAAGCUGGAGGAGGAGGGACCGGAGAGCCAGCAGAAGAAGAAGGGAAACCACCACAUCAACAGAUGGCGGCUCGCCACUAAGCAGGCCAGCUCCGAGGACAUCGACGUGACCUCAGAGGACUAA